CAACACAAUUUCUUUCUCUUCACUCCAGGACUCUCUUCUCCUCCGAUUGAGCCCCGAUCCAGGCGAUCAGAAGGCGGCUUUGUCUCCCCGUAUCGGAAGGUUGAAGGUUGAUUUCCAGUUCUGUCUAUUUAUACAGCAGAAGAAAAUGUUUUUCGAGGGAUAUGGGUAUCAUGGAACAUCAUUUGAGCAGAGUUAUCGAUGCUACCCUGCAUCUUUCAUUGAAAAGCCACAAAUUGAGAGUGGUGACAAAAUUAUAAUGCCUCCAUCAGCCCUCGAUCGCCUCGCAUCCCUGCAUAUUGAUUAUCCUAUGUUGUUUGAGCUUCAAAAUGCUGCUGCCGCAAGGGUCUCUCACUGUGGAGUACUAGAGUUUAUUGCUGAAGAGGGCAUGAUAUACAUGCCAUAUUGGAUGAUGGAGAAUUUGCUCUUGCAAGAAGGGGAUAUUGUGAGGGUGAAAAAUGUUACCCUUCCAAAGGGAAGCUAUGUUAAAUUGCAGCCUCACACAAAGGACUUUUUGGAUAUAUCAAACCCAAAAGCUAUCUUAGAGACAACGCUUAGAAAUUAUUCCUGCUUGACCAGUGGGGACAGCAUUAUGGUGGCAUAUAACAAUAAGAAAUAUUAUAUAGAUAUAAUAGAAACAAAGCCAUCCAAUGCAAUAAGUAUCAUUGAGACAGACUGUGAAGUAGAUUUUGCUCCUCCCCUGGAUUACAAGGAACCAGAGAGGCCCACUGCACCCAUUUCUUCAAGCAAGGCACAAUCUCAAGGGGAAGAGGCGCCAGUUGAGACUGAACCAAAGUUCAGCCCCUUUACUGGAACAGGCAGACGCUUGGAUGGAAAAUCUUUGACUUAUCAGUCUCCACCAGUUUCUUCACAAAUUUCCAAAGAAAAAGGACAUGGUUCUUCACAUGGAAAUAACAAACCUUCUGCUUCAUCUAGUUCUCAAAAUAUCGCACGACAGGCUCAGGGAAAGCUUGUAUUUGGAUCAAAUGUCAGCCGUCCCAAGGAAACAAAACAGGUUGCUGGAAAGGAGAGUGAGAGUAAGCAGGAGCAGCCCCAGAAAAAAGAAGAGCCUAAAUUCCAGCCUUUUACGGGGAAAAAGUACUCGUUGAAGGGCUAAUUUAGUUGUCUAAAAAACUUGUAAUAGUUUACCCAUCCUCUGUUGAUAGAAGAAACAUACAGGAUUUUAUUAUGAUGAUCUGUGACGUAUAAGCGUAAUAUCAAUGAUCUGUUGGUGUUCAGUUCUUUUCAAAUAAGAUUUUAUAAUUAGC